AUGGUGAAUGACUUCAAACAAAAAAAGAGUCCAGUGGAUGUUUAUCACAUUUUGAAAAGGUAAAUACCUUUUGUGUGGAGGAACGCUGGUGUCAUACGCAUAGAAUAGUGGAUAAGCAAGUACAUCGUAAGUCUGCAGUGGUGCUGGCGCAAUGGCUGCGAGUAAUGCUGCCUCCUUGGCGGAGGAGAUGUCCAGAUUUGAGGAAGAAAUCAGUGGAGCUCGCCCAAACCCUGGCGCUACGCCAAGCACGAUGUCUAUGGCAGCUGCUCCGCCACCCUUCGUAGCGCCACAGACUUCAGGGAUUCCUACACAAGCCAUGCCUACUGGUCCACCGCCUGGCUUCAUGAUGCCACCUAGUGGACCGCCACCAGGGAUGAUGAUGAUGCCAGGCCCGAUGCCAGGCCCUGGAGGAGUUCCUCCACCAGGUGUUCCUCUGGGUCCUAUGCCUACUGGUCCACCUCCGGGCUUCAUGAUGCCACCAGGCAUGAUGAUGAUGCCAGGCCCUGGCGGAUUGCCCCCACCUGGUCUUCCCCCAGGUCCUAUGCCUACUGGUCCACCUCCGGGUAUGAUGGCAGCUAGCUCAGUAGUUAUGCCCCUGGAUACUCUGUCCGACGAACAGAAGAAGGAGUGGGAGUCACAGUUCAGCACGGGAGCUGCCGCAGGAGCACAAGGAAAGAAGAAGAAGAAGAACUUGCGUACGGCUGCAGGUGUCACAUGGGUAGACAACACGCUGGAGGAAUGGGAUGAAAGCGACUUCCGCAUCUUUGCUGGUGAUCUCGGGCACGAGUGUACGGAUGAAGUACUCUUCCGUGCUUUCUCAAAGUAUCCCUCUCUCAAGAAGUGCAAAAUUGUGCGAGAUAACCGAACUAAUAAGAGCCGUGGUUUUGGCUUCGUUAGUUUCAAGGAUCCGAAAGAUUACCUUGCUGCGAUGAAAGAGAUGAAUGGUAAAUAUGUCGCUGGUCGGCCAAUAAAGCUCCGUAAGAGUACAUGGAAAGAUCGACAGCUGACUGUUGCGAGGAAGAAGCAAAAGGAGAAGGAGCGCUUGGGACUGAAAUGAUGGUGCAUAUGUGAGUUAGGGCGCGGUAUGCUUCCUUUCCUGGACACCGAACCAUUUUUUAGAGCUGUUUUUUGCUUUGCUUUUAGUUUUGUCUCACUGGCCUGAUAAAUUGCUUCAUGUCUGAACUUGUUAUUUUUAGUUGGACCUUUCAUGAUUGUUUCCAUUCCGUAAAGCGCUGUGGACAAUUUUUUGCUGUUGACAUUGAUUCUCUCUCUCUCUCUCUCUCUCUCUCUCACACACACACAUGCCCGCGCGCGUCUUUGUUGGUCACAGUGCCUACAGGGAUCUUUCGGCUGCUGGUUUCCAGGCGCUAGUACGUAUCGCCAAUUAUGGUAUCCUGCAAUUCUAUGCAAAGGUGUUGUAUUUGAUUGGAAUGAGUAUGUUUGUUGCAGUAUCGGCUGCAUGUCCCCAUCUUUCAUCUCCGAAAUAUCUGCAGGACCUACCCCAUUCACGGAAUCGAAUGUCACUUAAUUUAAUUAUUUGUACCAGUGUGGGUUUUUUAACCACCUUAAUGUCUUGAUAAAUCCACCUACCUACCGUCUGGAUAUAUCAA